AUGUACUAUAUUCAGAACAACGUGACGCCCCUCCACGUGGCAAGCAAAUGGGGAAAUUCUGCUGUUGUUGAACGCUUACUGGCCGCUGGUGCCCAAAUCGAAUGCUUCACUCGAGACGGUUUAACUCCACUCCACUGUGCUGCGCGCUCAGGUCAUUCUCAAGUCAUUCAGUUGCUGCUUAAUAGCGGUGCGAAUUACUCUGCAAAGACAAGGAGUGGCUUGACUGCCCUACACAUGGCCGCCCAAGGUGAUCAUCCAGAAUGUGCAAAAUUGCUGAUCCUUCACGGGGCCAAUGUAGAUGACGUCACAUUUGAUAAUCUGACGGCCCUUCAUGUAGCCGCACAUUGUGGAAGUGUCAAAGUGGCCAAGAUUCUACUCGAUGCCCACAGUGACUUGGACGCCAGAGCUCGGAAUGGCUUUACACCUCUUCAUAUCGCCUGUAAAAAGAAUCGCAUAAAAGUCGUCGAACUCUUUCUAAAGCAUGGAUGUCAAGUGGAUAUUGCAACAGAGUCCGGUUUGACGCCCAUCCAUGUGGCCGCAUUUAUGGGAAAUACAAAUAUCGUCGUGAUGCUUCUAAAACAUAACGCUGACCCAAAUGCUCAAACAAUGCACAAUGAAACUUCUCUUCAUUUGGCCUCCAGAGCAGGUCGUAUUGAAACUGUGAAAUUAUUACUUCGCAAUGGUGCUAUCGUGGAUGCAAAAUCAAGAGGCAAUCAGACAUGUCUUCACGUGGCCUCACUGUUGGGAAAUUGUGAAUUAAUAAGUAUUCUCUUACAAGGCGGGGCAAAUGUCCAAACUGUUACUAAAGAUGGACAUUCCGCAUUGCAUGUAGCUACGAAAGCUGGGCAUGAUGAAGCUGUUAAACUCUUACUAGAAUCAGGAGCACAAUGUGAUGUUAUGACAAAGUCGGGAUUCACACCACUGCAUUUAGCCGCAAAAUACUCGCGUUUGAAACCGGCGGAAUUGUUAAUAGAGGCUGGAGCACCUUUGGAUAUACCAGGGAGAAACGGUCUGACUCCAUUGCAUUUAGCAUCACAUUAUGGAUCUGUGAAUGUUGUUCGAGCUCUACUUGACAAAGGGGCAUCUACGAGGCAACAAACAAAGAAUGGUUAUACUCCUUUGCAUGUAGCCGCCCAAAGAUGCCAAGUCGAUGUUGCUAGGCAAAUAUUGAAAGCCAAAGCCGAUCCAAACGCUGAAUCUCGAAACGGUUUCACACCUCUUCAUCUUGCAGCCCAAGAUGGAAGCGUUGAAAUGGUCAAGCUACUUCUAGAUUACAAAGCUAAGGUUAAUGCUAGAGCUAAGAAUGGACUCACGCCUAUGCAUCUAGCUGCUCAAGAAGACAGUGUAAAGGCAGCAGAAGUCCUCUUUGCUGCCGGAGCCGAAUUGGAUCCAACUACGAAGGCUGGCUAUACCCCAUUGCACACUGCUUGUCACUUCGGACAGAUAAAUAUGCUCAAGUUCUUAAUAUCCAAAGGUUGUAAUGUCAAUGCCCGAACAGAGCUGGGUUCGAGUACUCUGCAUUUAGCCGCUCAACAAGGUCACCCUCAAGUUAUCUACACGUUAUUGGAGAGCGGUGCUGAUCCUAAUUUGAAGAAUAAUUCUGGCUGGACCGCUGGCCAUGUCGCACAGCAUCAGCACUACUUGAACAUCUUCGAAGUACUUCGUCGAGUGACAACCUCAAUUGAAUCGUGGGAAGAAAUCGAGUCUUAUGAUGAGCAGGUAGAAGGACCGAUGGAUGCAAUGAUCGACCAAAAACAACGACAGAGAAUGGACAAAUAUGAGUCACACAGAGUUAGCGGCAUUCCACGACUGGAGUUGGAGAAACCGGACGUGAUGGGAGAGCAUCCAGUUACUGAUACUGAAGACGAUCAAGGUGAAGACAGCAUUGAUGAAGGCAUCGCUUACCCAACCGGCAGUUCACAGUAUUUGCAAACCAAAAACUCCAACGAAGCCUUCAUUAACGGAGAUGGCUUUAGGGCCUCUGGUCAACUCCUUAAACGUGUAGGUCAGGGAAGCAAAGAAUUCGGAGGAAGCGGAAGCCAGAACAUUGGCUCUAUAGGCGACUGUGGAGGCCUUGAAUGGAAUUUUGUACCAGAUAAUGCUCCCAUCUGCCGCAAACCAAUCACCUCAGGCUUCCUCGUCUCCUUUUUGGUUGACGCCCGUGGUGGUUCUAUGCGAGCAAGCCGUCAUCCAGGACUUCGUAUCAUGGUGCCUCCAAGUGCUGCCAGUGCUCCAACUCGCGUCACUUGUCGAAUGCUACGUCCAGAACGCACUGCUGCUCCACCUCAACUCAAUGAUGGCGAAGGCUUGGCUUGUCGCAUAAUCGAGCUGGGUCCGCAUCCUUGUCAAUUCAACUCACCAGUCUUGCUUGAAAUUCCACACUUUGCAGCUAUACGUGGACGUCAACGAGAGAUUGUAAUUCUUCGUAGUGAUGAUUCGGAAACUUGGAAGGAGCAUUCCCUGGAAGCUACCGAUCAAGCUAACCUACCAGAACAAGGUGUCAACCUCGAGGUGGAUAUAACACUUCCAAAAGAGAAUUGA